AUGACGCUCUCGCCGUAAUAUCAGGUUUACAGCUAUCAAAUGAUAAUUAUAAGUUAGCAUAUAUGACGCUUUGAAAAACCGAUUUCAAAAUCCCAGGCUCCUGGCAACUAUGUACCUAAAUGAAAUUUUGAAUUUUAAAUCCUUUUCUAAUAGCUCGGUUGCAAAUCAAACAGCUGUCAUGCUGUCAAUGCUAUCAUAGCUUUAAAUAUAAAGGACUUAACGGAUUUUCUGUUGUUUUCAUUGGCGUUGCGAAACAUUGAUCCUCAUACAAGAAGAGCAUUUGAAAAUCAACUUAGUACCUCUGAAAUUCCAGAGUACAAAAGUUUAAUAAAUUUCGUUACACAGCAACUCCAAGCACAUGAGUUCUGUGAGCAAAAUUCCUCCAAGACCAUUUCCAAACCAUCUACAUCUCGUCUGACCAACCCAGUCAAAACCAAAACACAUAAUAUGCUUCAUUCAUUCAGCUAGUUCUGCUUCCAAUUCUCAACAUCAAAUUUCCGAUCAAUCUCAUAGAAUUCCAAACACUCGAAAAUUUCGUUGUCCGAAAUGCAAUGAAGCGCAUCCACUAUUCGCCUGUUCACAAUACACGAGUAUGUCACGAGAAUCUAAACUUAAUUUCUUGAAGAGCUCAAAACGCUGUUUCACUUGUUUAGGCCUUCAUAAUAUAAAAGAUUGCUCUUCAAAAAAUUCAUGCAAAUUCUGCAGUUCCAAUCGCCACCACACCAGCUUACACCCUGAUAAUGCGUCUAGUUCUGGCAACGUGCAACGUCCGUUCCAACUCCCAUGAAAAUACUCGUGGUUCGUUCGAUCCUUCGGCCAGUCGUGAAGGUUUUAAUUGUGGAUCUCAAAACGCAGGUGAAAAGCUGGUUAAUUCUUGUCAUUUAAAUAAGAAGGUAGCCUCUCUUAAUCAGGUAUUGCUUGGUACUGUUCAAGCUAGAAUUCAAGCCGCGGAUGGCUCGAUAAUUUCCAUCAGAGCUGUUCUUGAUCCCGGUUCCCAAGUUUCAGCAAUCACUGAACAUUUAGUCCAUAAAUUAGGUUUGGAAAUCAAUCCCACAGACGUCCAUGUUUCCGGUAUUGGUAAAUCCAAAGCUAGGGCAUUAGGCAUGGUCACAUGCAAGUUGUACCCAAUAUCAAACUCGAAUAUUCUAGAGUUGCAAGCCAUUGUAUUACCUCAACUAACCAAUAAUUUACCUUCUGUGUCCUUGUCUCCAGAAAUCAUCAAACAAUUCGAGCAUUUGAAUUUAGCGGUUAGUGGACAAAAAUUUUCAUAUGUCACACCCUGUAGAUAUGUUAUUGGGAGCUGACACGUAUUCGAUGGUGUUCGAUAGGGAUGGUCGUUUAUCAUCUGUUGGCUCCCCAACCGCAGUCAAUACACUUUUCGGAUGGAUUAUUAUCGGUUCCGUGCAAGAAAGUAAAAUAGAUUCUACAUUCUACACCAACUUCAAUCUUGCUCACUGAAUCCGUUCUUGGUGAUACACUUCAGGCAUUUUGGUCAUUGGAAGAAGUUCCCAAGGCCAGAGUAUUGAAUCCCACCGAUGAGUAUGUGGAAAACCAUUUUUUAAAAACCCAUUCCCGCGAAAAAAGCGGUU